ACUGACAGUAUGAUAAUUCUAAAAUUUAUAUAACUAAGUUGUGUGAAACAAUUGAACUGGAAUUAUUAUAAAGAUAGAUUUACAGAUUAGCUAUUAAACUGUGGAAUAUUGAUUUUUCACCUUCUAACUGUAUGAUUAACGUAAAACUUCCAAGUAACUAAUACAGAACAAUGAAUGAAUCAAGCAGUUAUCAAGUUACUGAUGAAUUAUCUACAAAUCCCGUAUCUGAUCAGUUUGAAUUAAAUAAGGAAGCGUCUACAGAGGCAGUUGGUGAUGUGCCUUAUGGAAGAGAACAACAGAAUGACAUCCACUUGAGUACUAAUGACUCAGAUAACGUUACUCAAGGAUCUGUAAUGGUUGAAAAUGUAGCAGAGAUUUCUGAUAGAACAUUUGAUCAGGAUACAAGUGAAGUGUCGACAAAUCUGGAGACUAUGGAAAAAACUGUACCAGAGUAUGAAAAAGAAAAUUAUAGUCAUAAUGAAUCCGUUAGUAAGGAAUUAUAUCCACCUUCAUUCAAUAAAGAAAGCGAUGACAUACAAUGUGACAAAGGAUCUUAUAAAGAUAUAAAACAAGUGGAAUAUGAAGGUGAAAUUGAAUAUAAUGAACAAUGUGAUGAAUUGGAAGGUGUAAUUCAUUUUGAAACGCCAGAGAUAACUGACAUUACUGACGAACAACCAACUGCUGGAAAAUCUACUGAUGUGACUUCUGAACAAAACUUUCCAUCCCAAGAUUCAUUGAUUAGUUUACAUAAUGAAAAUGAAAGUCAAGUAACAGAAAAACACUUGACUAAUGAAUUAGAAAUUACUUCUAACCAGCAAAGUAAAGAUAACAUAAGUAUUAGUAACCCUGACUCUUUAGAAUAUCAAGAUAAUACAAAUGAUGACAGUGAGACUGCAGAAGGAAUUGAUCCAUAUAUUGAAGAUUCUGAAAAGAUAAACAGGAUGAGUUCUGAAAAAUGUUUGGCAGAACCAACUGAUGAUUUGAAUAAGGAAGUAGGCAUCGAUAAGAAGAAUGUUAUACUUCAUGAUGACAUAACUAACGUAUCCCGUAGAAAGACUGAUGAGAUGACACAGAUGAAAAUGGAAGAACCAUUAUCACAUACAGAGUUACUGAUUACAGACAAAACUGAUGAAAAUAAGAUAAACACCGAGGAGAUACAUGAUGAAUUACGCAUACCAUCUGACCUAAAAUCAGCAUCUUUACGUUCACUAGAUAUCUCCAUUAAAGAAGAUAAAUCUGAUACACUUGGAGAUAAUUUCAUUACUGAAGAGGAAAAAUUGUCUUUCAACAAUCAUCUAAUGAACUCUACCUCUUGUGAAAUAGAAGAAAAUCUCAGUAGAAGUAGUUUAUUUGAAAGUAAAGAAACAAUUGAAUCAAUAAAUGAAACAACCAAUGAUCUAAUUGAGAAGAUAUCCACAAACAACUUCUCACCAUUUAUUAAUGAUGUGCAGAAUAUUCAAGAAGUACAACUACAUGAUCACUUAGGUCACAAAGUAGAAGAUGAUUUAUCAUAUCUUCAAGAACCAAUUACAGAAUCGUCGAAUAAUAAUAAAGAUGUACUUUCUAGUCAAUAUGACCUUAUAUCACACAAGAUAACAGCAGAGAUUAUCCUCAAUAACAAUGGUCCAGUGUCAUUUGCAACAGAGCAUAUUGUAAAUGAAGAGGUACAUACAGCUGAAUACCUUCAAGACAACAAUCCAGAACUAUUGAAUUUAUCUGGACCUAUUCAAGAUGUUAAUGAAUUACAUAAAGCUGCAUUGUCUACAGGAAUACAAACUAAAAAUGAAGUCAUCGACGUGGAUUAUCGACUGUUCAAUGAAUCUGUUAAAAAUAAUAUUGAAGAAAAUAUUUCAUCACAAAUAUUGCAUAAUGAAGUUUAUGAAAGUGUAUCUUCAAAUGAUUUCAGUGUAAAACGAAGAAUUCAAAAACAAACUACUGAUAUUGAUGAAGUCAGUUUAAAUUCAGAAGGUGAACAAAGAACAGAAUUUGAACAACGUUAUGCAGAACUUAUAGCUAAAUAUUUACCAGUUGAAAGACAUAACACAUUGAAUGAUCGAUCUAGACGAACUAAAACAUUAGAUAGAUAUAAUAAGUCAAAAUUUAAUGAGAAUAGAUAUUCAUGCAUAGAUUCUGUUCGAGAGGUGAAAAAAGAGCAGUUACACUGGAGCGUAAUGAAUUUCGUCGAAAACGACGUCUACAGCCUAAACCAUCAGUUAAUGAUGAUUACUUGUAUCCAGACUCUGUGACACCAUCUAAAGUGGAUCAAAGUAUAAGUGUUAGAAGUUUAGAAGAAGGUAUGCCUGAAGGUACAUAUGAUGUCCCUUAUAUUGAUGAUGAUGCCUUUUUACCACGGAAAUUACGUGAAAACAAGAACGAAGAGGAUGGAUCAGAUGAUGGCAGCAGUUUAAGCCUAGAAGGUGAAUACUGGUCAUGGAAUCCUAAUCGAUUUAGUAGACUGGAAGCUAAUCAUAUUGCCGACACGAAUGAGUGCGCCCCUACUCCUGUGUGCUUAUGGAGAGACGAAACAAUUUGUCUUCCUGAUUGUGGUGAACUGGAUCAUCCAACAAACUGUGAGGAGCUGUGAGAAGAGGUGGAAAAGCUGAACCAAGGAAAAGAUCCUAGAAGAUUUGGAUUUCGCUGAUGACUUGUGUCCUAUGUCACACAUACUUGAAGAUCUACGGACAAAAACUAACAAGUCGACAGAAAAGGCAGUGCAGCGAAGACUGAACUCAAAGUGAAUGUAGAGAAGACAGAGGUGAUGAAGAUACCCAACCAACACCACACCACCACCAACAACAAGAGGCACCAAUCACCAUCAAUGGGAGAAACUGAAAGGAAGUUGUCUCUUUCACCUACACCUACCUGGGCAGCACUGUCUCAACUACAGGCGGCACAGGCACAGACGAGGAUGUCAAAGCCAGUCAGGAUCGGAAAGACAGCAGCACAGGCCUUCAUGCAUUAACCUGAAAGCAGUAUGGAGAUCUUCUGCACUCAGCAUAAAGCCUGAACAACAUCCGGAUCCGGAUUUUCAAUACCAGUGUCAGUCAAGUUAGUGCUUCUAUGUGAUGGUUGAGAGACUUGGCGGUGCGUUACGAAAGGGAUUUUCAACAAACUACAGAUGUUAAUCAACAAGUGACUACGCUGACUCGUUACUGAAGAUCAAAUGGCCAGAAUAAUAAGAAUAAGCAACAAGGAACUCACACAGGCUGCUAACGAACUGACGAAGCAAGAACCUAUCACUCAACCGAUAAGCAGGAGGAAGUGGAGAACGACUGGACAAAGUAGAAUGGAGACGUGCUACUGAAUCCCUAUGUUUCAUUAGGAACCGAGGGGACAAGUAGUAAUAAUUAUAAUUUUCAUUAGGCUGAUUACAAUCCAAAUAUGACUUUCUGAGAUUUUUGAAAGGUAGUAUGUUUUUAAACUUUUGCGCUUUUAUUCAAUUCAAAGAAAAUACAUAUUUUAUUAACAUUGAAAAAAAGCAGAAGACAACUGCUGUGAAGAAACGUUUUGUUUAUCGAUGAAAUUAGUCUGUCAAUUGUGCAUUUGUGAAUGCAUAGUGGAAAGAAUAGAACAUUCUAGAGUGAUUUCUGGUCAAUAGUCUGUAUAAAUCGUGUUACAAAGAAGGGUUAUGUAAUGUCUGUAAGUGUUUUAAAUCAGGAGUUAUCUAGAGUGAUUCAUACUCUACAAUGCCCAUGACAAAGAAAGACGAUGUACAUACUUGUUUUGAAUGCAUAACCACGAUUCAGGCUUCAACUAUGUUCAGAUAUCUUAACUUCUUUGCUUUCGAAUGCCUUCAUCAUACUUUGUAAAACAUUUCAAUGGAUCGAGUUUCUCGAGCUUACUAAGUGUUCUGUUUAAGAGCUAAACAUAUAUUUCCGUUCUCUCCUCGUUGACGAGUGCAUGGAAAAUUUUGUACGAUAUGUGAACAACCCAUUCAAAGGAAAGAAGGUUAUGACAUCUGGUAGAGUGACUCUUUUGAAAUCCUGUUGAUGUUCACAAUGGUACUACUACGGAUAAUGUAUAUAAUUUGAUAUGUUAAUUGGUUGGAGAUGAUUGACAAGACGACAUGAAUGUAGGCUUUGUACCUACUGAAACUCGUCUGUGGGAAGUGACUGACUGAUCACUCUUAGUUGACCUAUCAUUGUAGAAGCGAUCUACAAUCUUGUUCAAGUUUUACCCAUUGUACAAUAUUCAACCUUAUCUUUUGAACUUGUUCGGUGAAUAAAUGGGAGUCAAUGCAGAAAAAGCAAGUCAUGUUGCUCUUGUUAAAACCUAAUGCUUUAUUUAUAGUUGAAGAAACACUUUUCAAUGAGCAUACAUUGUGAAAACUAGUCGGUAUCUUGGCUUGAUUCACCUGAAUUGUGCUCAUGCCAGUUCGUUUAAUAGUACUGUAAAGUUUCAAACUAUAACUAAGUAUUGAUAGUGAGUGAUGACUGAAGGUGACUACCAAGAUUCCAGUCCCGUAUUUGUCAACUGCUGCAAAUCCCAAUAUCUAACUUCCCACCGUUCUUGUUCAUCGUCAUUCCAAGAUUUUCUGCAGAUAUAUACGCAUACAGCUACUUAAUUUACCGUUUAGCAGAUAAGGUGGAAUCAUCUAAUCACAUAAAGGUGAAUUACUACACAAUCGUAAAAUUUCACAGAUGUUUAUUUUGUGCAUAUAAUUAGAUGACUAUCUUUGCGUAAUCAUAACUGGAUAUUGGACAAUUGAAUAUUGUGUACAAAAACUCAUUAUACUAUCUAAAAUUUG